AUUGGAAGUGUGUCGUCAUUCUUUGCUGUUAUGUGGUGGCCAUUGAAUAGCAUAGGAGGAUUUUUUAACCUAACUUUGUUUUUCUUCUGGAAUUAUUCCACUGUAGUGAAUCUAUCAUGGGCAUCGUUCACUGGUCCUGGUCGUGUUCCAUUUGAGUGGCGUCCUAAUGACGAUGACGUGCGUACAAGUUUUCUAUUUCCGAUUGGUAUUUGCCAAAAGGAAGCUUGUGACCUUGGAAAUGUGUCCGUAGAUUAUUUGUUGCAAUGGUGUGAACCAUGCCGUGGAUACAAAGUGCCUCGUGCUCACCAUUGUUCCCAGUGUGGUCGCUGUUCGAUGAAGAUGGACCAUCAUUGUCCGUGGAUUAACAAUUGUGUUGGUCAUCGAAACCAUGCGUUCUUUGUCAGGUUUCUCGGGUCUGCGGUGCUAGGAUGCUUUCAUGCGCUGUUGAUCCUUAUCGCUUCUUUUUAUCACGCAAUAAAUUUGAAUUACUACCAUCGCUUUGGAAACGGCUCUGAACCUGAAGUGAUUCUCACGUUCUCGUCAUUAAUCCUUCUUGUAAUCGCCAGUGCAUUUGCAUUUGGUGUUGUUGUUGGAGUUGGUGGACUUCUCUAUCUACAGCUAAAAUACAUCAAAAACAAUAAAACCGGAAUUGAGGAAUAUAUAGAACAGCGGGAAACGGUGUCUGGUGGCCAGUACGGAAAGGUUGCGAUCAGUUUUCGCUUUCUGUGA